AUGAUCGCUGCGACCCGCUUCGGUACUAGCGACGUUGCUGCGAUAAUGUCGGCGGGAAAUGCGGCGACAGCGACGGCUUUUGGCGGUCGAGCACCGCGCGACGACCGCGCCGACGCAGCAGCGGCGCUUGCGGCGGCGACGGCGGGGGGUGCAGCCUUCAAGCCGUCACCAUUGCCGCGAUCGGCGGAAGCGGAGUCGCCUCAAGGGGCGCGCGAGCCGACGGGGGACAGCGCGAUCGGCGGCGCAGAGCCCGGGGCAACGGGGAGCUACUCACGCUGGUGGUCGCCCGAGGUAACUUACUGCCGCCGCAUUCCCGCGCGCGUGAUAGUGCCGCCCCAUUUCCUCGCGCGCGGCGCCCCAUUCCCGCGCACGGUAACAUCGCCUCAUUUCCGCGCCCUUUUGAAUUUAACCACACUUUUCGAGCCAUACUUCCUUAAGCGCCUCCUGCUGACUGCUUUCCCGUUCACCCUGUCCCUCUCCCCCGUCUCCCCCCUUCUCUUGCCCACCCUUCCCUCCGCGCCUUCCCCUGCGCAGGAGGAUUUGAUUUUAUUGGAUCACGUGCGCAGCUACGGCACGCGGCACUGGGGCGUGCUCAAGGCGUCGGGGAGGCUGCCUCACCGCGACAACAAGGCCUGCUGCAACCGCUUCAUCCUCCUUAAAAAGCGCUACCUAGACCAGGAGGGCGCGCCAGUCUAUCACGGCCUUACUGAACCGCUAUCUCAAGGACUCACCCCAGCCCUCCGAUCUGCGCACAGCCAAUCUGAGCUGUCCAUUCUCUCCCCCACGUCCCCCCAAGGCACCUCCGCAACCGCCACCACCACCUUAUCCUCCCCUGCCGCCAUUACCAGCCAUCAGUCCUUCGCUCAUCCGCAUCACCCUCGCGGUUACCUGGUUACCAGCUCACACGCCGGCCCUGCAGCUGCUGCGGCUCCUCCUCCUGCUGCUGCUUCUACCGUUGCUGCUGCAGCUGGAGCGAUUCCUGGGCAGCCUCGGGGAUUGCCUGUCCCUGUAGGUUCGGAUCCCGGACCUACCGCCGAGCCUGCUGCCGUUGCUGGUGGGUCUUCAGUGCAGGCUGGGCUAAGCGCGGCCUUUAGUAAAGCGCCGGAAGCGGUUGAAGAGGAGGAGUUGCGCGGGCUGGCGCUUACGGCAGGGGGGAAGUGGGAGGAGAGGGAGGGGGGGGUGGGGCAUGGGGGCAUGGCGCAUGGGGGCAUGGCGCAUGGGGGGUUGGCGCAUGGGAGGUUGGCGCAUAGGGGGUUGGCGCAUGGGGGGAUGAUGGAUGGGGAGGGGAUGGAGGGGGCGAUGGUGGAUGCUAUGUGGGAAGCUUAUCAUGCUGGUGGUGGUAUGAUGCAUGGUGAAGCGAUGGUGGGUGGAGCGAUGAUGGAUGAAGGGAUGGGUAUUGCAGGGUUGGGUGCGGCAGGGAUGGGUAUGGCAGGCUUGCAGAGCACGCAGCAGGGCACGGAAGGGACACACGCAGCAGCACGUGGCAUGGGGAUGACCGGCAGUCACGCAGGCGCUGGGAGCAUGGGGAGAGGAGGGGCGCAUGGGGGGGGAGUGGGCGCGCACGCAUGGGCGGUGGAGCGAGCCAUACGAGAGGGGCUGCGCCCGCAUGCGUCCACGUCCUUCAAAAUCGCUGCCAGGAGGAAAAUGACACCACACUCCCCGUCCUUCUCCGGCUCGCCGCACUCACACGACCCGGCCUUCAUCCGCCGAAUGGCCGAUUUCUUCCGCCUCCCCAUGCCCCCGCCCGCUGCUGCCGCUGCCAUUGCCGCUGCUGCUUCUGGUGCUGCGGCUACUUCUGCCGCCACCACCUCUGCAAGCUCUGGUCCAAACUCACCUGAGAUUUCACCUGGUGGGGCGCCUGAGAGCCGCGCAGCACUGGAGGGGAAAGAUGCGACAUCAGGCGAACACCCGCAGCAAGAGCAGCAACAACAAGAGCAGCAGCGGCAGGAGGAGGAGCAAGCAAUGAAAGCAGCAACGAACCUGGACAGGCUCCAGAUCAACAGCGGCAAUGACCCACAGAAGUCACAUCGCAUUCAGCAGUCACACCACUCUCAACCGCUUCACACCCCUGUGGUAACUGCCAAGACCAACCUAUCCUCUCAGCUCCCAUCUGGGUCCUCUGCUGCUGCCCUUCCUGUUCCCUCUUCUGUCCAAAACGAGCUGACCACUCGGCUGUUUGACGCCCUCAGCCAAUCGCCACCUUCCAUGGAAGAACUUUCAGCUGCCCGGAAAAUGAGUCACGCACUCCAAGCAGCAGCGGGGGCUGCAAAUCAUGGUUCCCCAGGCAGCCUUGGCCCCGAACGACACCAUGCCACCGGACCAAACAAUGCUGCCGAACCAGAGUAUGGUGGGCGGGGACAUGCUGCCACAGCAAGUAAUGCUGAUGAACCAAGCCAUGCUGCGGAGUCAUGGCUCGUGCCACCCACCGUGCACUCUCACAGCGCUGCAAGAGGCAAGGUGGGGAAACGGACGGGCGCUGGUGGUUCUGCCGGCGUGGCUGCAGGCAUGGCGACAGCACCAACAGCACCGGGUGGUGUGACAGAUCGUGCAGGCAUGCAGAGUGCAGCAGUCGGUGCUGCAGCAGCCGGUCCGAAGGAUUAUUCGUUGAAUAAGAUGGAGAAAAGUAUGGAUGAGCAGGAUGAUGUGAAGGAUGAGAAGGAUGAGAAGGCACACACGCCUGAAGUAGAAGGUGGAGGUGUGGCAGGUGGAGGUGUGGCAGGUGGAGGUGUGGCAGGUGGAGGUGUGGCAGGUGGAGGUGUGGCAGGUGGAGGUGUGGCUUCGGAGGGCAGAGCAGGGGCGGUGGAGCAGCAUCUAGAUGAAGACAUGUGCACGAUGGUAAGGAGGGCGGGAGAGGAGGGGCAGGGAGGGGGUGACGCUGAGAGGGCAGCUGAGGCAGCGUGGCAGGGAGGAGACGAUGCAAUGAUGCAGACUGCAUGGUGGAAUGCAGCAGAUGCAGUAGCAGCGGUGGUGGCGGCGGCAGGAGAAGAGGGAGAUGCGUGGAUGCCGUUUGACUUCUGCCCUGACCCCUCCACUCCCCCAACCUUGGCUGGUUGA